CAGUAAUAUGAUGAUUUUCGUUGGACAUUUUAAAAAAAUAAUACGGGGUUUAGUUAUACCUUUGAGAAAAUGACAGUGUAAAUCAGAUUAAGCCCCAGGGAAUGGAGAAGAUGGAAACAGAAAUCGGCAUGGAAGAAAUUGAAGAAGAAGCACCGAAAAAUUCAUCGUUGUUUCCUGUUUUCCCUCAAACUCAGAUAUCUUCAGCGUCCAAUCCCACCACCUCAUACAACGCCGUUCCUGAAUGGCUUCGCAAUUCCAGCUUCACCACCGACAUCUCCGUGAUAAACGACGCCGUUUCGACGAACUAUGGGAAUGUCCAGUUCGAAGAGAAUCUAGAGGAAGACGAAGCAGAAGACGUGGAGAAGGAAAAUCAGAAAGGAGAGGGUGCACCGUAUGAAUUGCUGCACUCGUCCGGGUCGGAGCGGGGACACUCGUCUUCUUCUGAUGAUGGAAGAGACAGCAAGAAGAAGAAGCGGAAAAAGAAGCGCAAGAAGAGUCAUCGAUCGAGUGAUGACCGUCCACUCUAUGACUAUGCACUUUCUUCUUCCAGAAAACCUGAUGUUCGAACUUGGGCUUCUUCAGCUGCUGCUAAUGUUAAAGACUAUUACUUCGACUCUCGUGGCGAUCGAGACAAUUUAGCUUUUGGUAGUAUCUACAGAAUGGAUGUUGCUCGUUACAAGCUUCAUAAUCUGAGGAAAACCUCUGAGCUCAAUUACUAUAGGCGGAACGAUAAGAGAACUUUUGAAAGGGAUAUUGAUAUUGAUGCGUUGGACAAUAAACUAAGGUCUGGAGGUCGCUAUUGGUCUGGCGCGUAUGCUGCAAUUGAGCACCAUAAGAACCUGAAGCGUCUAAGAAUUUUGACUCCUCUCAAGCCAAUGAUUAAUAUUCCUGCUGAUUUCGUCUCAUUGGCAGAUGAAGUUAAGUCAGAUGAAGGAAUUAGAGGAGAUGCUAUUUCAGGCAAUGCUGUGGUCGAGGAAUCUCUGGAGGAUGAGGUCUUUCGCAAAACAAAGGAGUUCAACAAGAUGACAAGAGAACGGCCACAUGAUGCACAAAUUUGGUUGGCUUUUGCACAGUUUCAAGAUAAGGUAGCAAGUAUGCAGCCACAGAAAGGUGCCCGUUUGCAAACACUUGAAAAGAAGAUUAGUAUUCUGGAGAAGGCUACAGAGCUGAACCCUGACAGUGAGGACCUGCUUCUCUCUCUUAUGAAUGCUUAUCAGAGCAGAGAUAGCAUUGAUGACCUGAUUAGCCGAUGGGAGAAGAUACUUAUCCAAAACUCAGGUAGUUGCACAUUGUGGAGAGAAUUUUUGCGGGUUGUUCAGGGUGACUUUUCAAGAUUUAAGGUUUCUGAAAUGAGAAAAAUGUAUGCAAAUGCAAUUCAAGCUUUAUCUGGUGCAUGGACUAAGCAGCAUAGGCAGGUUUCUGGAGGUGCUAAUUCGCCUUCUAUGGAUCCUGCUAUUGUAAGACUUGAACUUGGUCUGGUUGAUACAUAUCUCAGUCUCUGUCGGUUCGAGUGGCAGGCUGGGUACAGAGAGUUGGCUACUGCCUUGUUUCAGGCACAGAUUGAAUACAGCUUGUUCUGCCCUUCUUUACUUCUUAGUGAGCAAAGUAAGCAAAGAUUAUUUGAGCAUUUCUGGAACAGUAAUGGUGCCAGGGUUGGGGAAGAUGGUGCACUCGGCUGGUCAAAGUGGCUAGAGAAAGAGGAAGAGCUGAGGCAAAGGGCUAUGAGGGAGGAGUCUUCACAUGAUUCUGAAAAGGGUGGUUGGACUGGUUGGUCAGAACCAUCAUCUAAAAGUAAAGAAAAGAAUGAAGCUAUAGAAAAUAUAGCAGAGACUGAUGGUGCUCUUGACGAGUUAGAAGAUGAAUCUGAAAUGAAAGAUGAUGUGCAGAAAGAUGAUACUGAAGCUUUGCUUAAAAUGCUUGGGAUUGAUGCUACUGCUGAAGCUAAUUGUGAGAUUAAAGACACAAGAACUUGGACUAGGUGGUCUGAAGAAGAGGUAGCAAGAGACUCUAACGAGUGGAUGCCAGUCCAUGCUAAAACUGGGAUUUCUCAUAGUGAGGAUCCUGCUGAUGCAGAGGGUGAUGAGCAGCUUUUGAGAGUAAUAGCAUACGAAGAUUUGAGUGACUACCUGUUCUCGAUAAUUUCUGAAGAAGCACGUUUUUCCCUGGUAUCCCAGUUCAUUGAUUUUUAUGGUGGGAGGAUGGCUCAAUGGACUUGUACAAACAGUUCAAGUUGGGCUGAAAAAAGCCUUAGUUUGGAGGCAAUUCCAGACUCUCUCUUUGAUGAACUAAGAAGAAUGCACGAUGUUUUAACCAAGGAAGGAAGGAACCAAACUGAAACAAGUUUGGAGCAAGUUUUUAGCAGCUUUGAUGAUAUCUCUAUGAGGACUAGCAUGAUGGGAUUUAUUCGAAAUGCUACAUUGCUUUGCUGCACUAUAUUUCCCCAAAAUCAUAUUUUGGAAGAAGCUGUUCUUAUUGCGGAGGAGCUAUCAAAUACAGUGAUGAAUACUUCUAGCUGUUCAGUAACACCAUGUCGAACUUUAGCAAAAAGCCUUUUGAAGAGUAACCGUCAGGAUGUAUUGCUUUGUGGAGUUUAUGCACGAAGGGAAGCAGUUUUUGGAAAUAUUGACCAUGCUAGAAAGAUUUUCGACAUGGCAUUGUCUUCUAUUGAUGGACUUCCUCAGGGUGUUCAGACAAAUGCAUCUCUCUUACAUCUCUGGUACGCUGAAGUGGAGAUCGCAAACGGUAUUCAUGGUGGUUCCGGAUGGUCUGAAUCGUCUUUACGUGCUAUGCAUAUAUUAUCUUGCUUGGGUAGUGGUACAAAAUACAGUCUGUAUAGAUGUAAACCCUCAAGCCUGCAACAGCUGAAAGCACGCCAAGGAUUCAAAGAACAAGUGAAUAUGCUACGUUCAUCAUGGACACGCGGUUUAAUUGAUGAUAAUUCAGUUGCUCUCAUAUGUUCAGCUGCUUUAUUUGAAGAAAUAACAAUUGGAUGGACUGAAGGUGUUCAGAUUUUAGAGCAAGCAUUCACAAUGGUGCUUCCUGAAAGGAGGCGGCACAGUCAUCACUUGGAGUGUUUGUUCAACUUUUACAUGAGGAUGCUUUGCAGACAUCAUCAAGAAAUGAAGCUGUCAAAAUUAUGGGAAUAUAUAGUGACAGGACUGGAUAUAUAUCCUUGCAGUCCAAAUCUUUAUAAUGCAUUAGUUGAAAUUGGCCAUCUCUAUGCAUCACCUAAUAAGCUACGGUGGAUCUUUGAUGAAAAAUUCCAAAAGAAACCUUCGCUUGUUGCUUGGCUCUUUGCAUUAUCAUUCGACAUGAGCAGAGAUGGUUCAGAGCAUAGAAUACGCAGACUUUUUGAGAGGGCAUUGGAGAAUGAGAAGCUACGUAACUCAGUUUUAGUCUGGCGCUCGUAUAUUGCUUAUGAAAGUGCUAUAGCAUGCAACCCUUCUGCAGCUAGAAGAGCUUUCUUUCGAGCCAUCCAUGCUUGCCCAUGGUCAAAACGGCUCUGGCUUGAUGGCUUCAUCAAGUUAAAUUCUGUUCUUACAGCAAAAGAGUUGUCGGAUCUCCAGGAAGUAAUGCGGGAUAAAGAACUCAAUUUGAGGACAGAUAUUUAUGAAAUACUAUUGCAAGAUGAUCUUGAAUCUUAAGUCAUGAAUAUCAAGAUUUCUUCAGUUGUGGAUGGGUAACAUGCCCGUCAUAUGACACACUCACAUUCUGCCACAUGGCUUUUUUCAGCGCAAAACUUUGAAGCACCUGAUCUUGGUUGGUUUCGGAUAAGGCUGUAAGUGAUGCCUUUGCUCUUGGUAUAUGCUGAUUACUGUCGAGUUGUGAGUGGAAAGGAAGAUUUCUUUUUGGUGAAAACAGAAAAUGUACAUUUUUGUUGGUGUAUUACUUGUGCCAUUAGUUGUAUGACAGCCUGGUGCUGCCUUUUCAUAUCAAAAUUAAAUCAGUUGCUAAUAGUGGUCCAUUUGUAACUUGCUAAGUGCAUGAUUGUGGUGUUAGCUCCCCUUUUUGAUGAUAUGCUUCAAUGUUCUACCAACAGUAGAAGAAUUAAGCAAAAAGAGGAGAAAUUUUAUCUUGAGGAUUACAGGAAACGUAUCUCCUUUCCCUUCACUCUAUAUUUCUCUGGUGUCUCUACGUUACUUUUUGUACCUUCACCUUUUCUCUUCUUUUUUAACAGUUUGUGAAGGAACACACCGUCAUUAUUAUUGUCAAAAUGCAGUUGUCUUUACCUCCCCCUU